UCCACCAACGCACGAGAAAUUAUAAAUUUUUCAAGGGUUGUUACCAAACAGUAACAAAACGAACCCUUUUACUCUUAAGCGCGGUUACUGCAAUCCUGAUUCCCCUAUCUUCAUUCUUCGUUCUCAUUACAAUCCACGCGCCAUGGACACUCGACGCGCCUCACGGGUCGUUACCGACCCCAAAGUAAGGCGCGUUGGUUUCUUUGCUCACCCCGAACCCGAUUCCCCGCCACUUACGGACUCUCCACAAUCCGACCCGAUAUCCCCCGUCAUUAUUCCGCCUCCACGUCAGCUUACCGAACGAACCGCUGCCGUACCCGUUCCCGAUUCCAAGUUCCGACGCCAGGAACUCGACGAUCAGGUGCCGGUUGGGAGCUACAAUCCCUCACAAUCGUUGCUUGGAACCUCGCCCACGGAUUCGAUUUCUUCUAGCAGUGCCGGGUUCAUUAACGGAGAGUUCUCUGAGGAUCGCUCUGGUGUUGGAUGGUUUCGUGGCAGCGAGUUAAGUUUCCCUGGCGGAGGGUUGGAUUUGCCGCGUGAAAUUUUGGCGGAAAAUAUCUUUCCUGCUGUAGCGGUGACUGUGAAAAAUCUUCCAGGAGAUACUGAGAAGAGAGAAGAGGCUGUUAAAGAAGUAUACCCUGAUCCACUGUCAGUUUCAAAGCCAUUGAAAGAAAAAACUUCAAAGGCUGAAAGACGAGCCUUGCAGGAGGCACAAAGAGCUGCAAAAGCUGCUUCUAAAGCUAAUGGAAGUUCUGCAGUUGCUGAAUCUGGCAAAGCCGCCCUAACUAAAAGUAAAAAGCAGUCUUCACAAAAGAAAGAUGGUCCUCCAGUUACAUCGUCAGUCACUAUUGAUAACAAAUCUGGGAAUCGUCCUUUGGAGAAAGAGAGGAAAAAAGAGGCCCCUCCUCAACAAUUGCAAUAUGAUGAUCAAAACAGAGUGGAAAAAGCUAAAAGGCGUGCACUGGUAAAUCAAACUGAAGCAAGAAACAGAGUUGAAUUGUUUCGGCAUUUGCCUCAAUAUGAACAUGGGGCUCAGGUUCCUAAUCUUGAGUCAAAACUUUUCCAACUUGACUCCGUGCAUCCUGCUGUGUUCAAGGUCGGAUUACGUUAUAUGGCCGGAGAUAUAGCAGGGGUUAAUGCUCGUUGUAUCGAAAUGCUUAAAGCACUUCAGGAAGCUAUUAUAGACUACUCCACUCCACCUGAAAAAGUACUUAUUAGAGAUUUAACUGCAAAAAUCAGUAGUUAUAUUUCAUUUAUUAGUGAAUGCAGACCACUUUCUAUCAGCAUGGGAAAUGCAAUUAGGUUUGUGAAGAGUCGAAUAGCCAGGUUGCCCUUGAGUCAUACUGAUGCUGAGGCAAAAGCAGCACUUUGUUCUGAUAUUGACCGAUUCAUUUAUGAAAAAAUAAUUGUUGCGGAAAAGGUUAUUAUUGGACACGCCAAUGCCAAAGUAAGGGAUGGAGAUGUUCUUCUUACAUAUGGACUGUCUUGUGUUGUUGAGAUGAUUCUCAUAUCUGCCCACGAUCUUGGGAAACAAUUCCGAGUUGUGGUGGUAGAUUCAAGGCCCAAGUUUGAAAGUCAGGCCUUACUUACUAGGCUUAUGGCCAAGGGUCUGAGUUGCACGUAUACUCAUAUAAAUGCUGUUUCGUAUAUUAUGCAUGAGGUCACAAAAGUUUUUCUGGGAGCUUCUGCUAUUCUUUCUAAUGGAACUGUACUUUCAAGGAUUGGGACAGCAUGUAUUGCAAUGGUGGCUCAUGAAUUUCGUGUUCCUGUAUUAAUCUGUUGUGAAACUUUUAAGUUUCAUGAAAGAGUGCUACUUGAUUCAAUAGGUUGCAAUGAAAUAGGUGACCCUGGUGCUGUUGCCACAGUUCCUGGAAGAAUGGAUAUCAAUUAUCUUAACAAUUGGGCAAAUGAAAAGAAUUUGCAGCUUUUGAAUUUAAUGUAUGAUGUUACUCCUUCAGAUUAUGUCUCAGUUAUUGUUACGGAGCAUGGAAUGAUCCCUCCUACAAGUGUGCCUGUGAUCGUGCGUGAGUAUGGACAAGAGCAUUAUUUGAUAUAGAUAGAGAAAGUUAUGAAGUUACAAAAUAGAUUUUUUAUUUAUUUAGCUUUACCUCCAAACAACUUUGGAGAUAUACCAAUUUUGAUCAUUGGAACUUCACUACAUACUACAGGGACCUUUGGAUGAGAUUGCCCGCAACUCAACUCUUAAUUAGAAACACAUUUUUUUACCAAGUUUAUUUUGACAGCAUUUUAGGUUGUAAAAACUGUUCAUCUGCCUAAAGAUAAUGCUUAAUAUUACGAAGGAAAGGAAAACGAAAUGCACCAAGCAAUCAGAUCCAUUGAUUUUGAUAAGGCACGCGGUGAUUUUAAUUGAAAUAGGAGAUAGCAAAUUUUAGGUUGUUUAAAAUAGGACACAUAAAUUCUUGUUAUUCUUGUGAAAAUACUCUCGUAACAUUUAGCAGUA